AAACUCACAUACACAAACAACAUCCUCCAUUUCCUCUCUCUCACCAACCCUUUUCAAUCCUCAACAUAAUUCUUUUCCUCCAAAUCUCCCCCAAAGCAAUCCCUUUCUUUCCAUAGACAAGCAAAACAAGAACAAAAUAAACGAUCUAUCUAUGGCUUUUUCAAGGACAUCUCCAUUGAUUCUCUUCUUUGCUUGCUCUCUCUUCCUCCAUGGAACACUAGGUGAGAUUAUAUGCGAGGACUUGCCUACGGAUGUUUGUUCAUUUUCAAUUGCAUCGUCCGGCAAGAGGUGUUUGUUGGAGAAUUACGCAACAAAAGACGGAAAGGUGGCAUAUCAAUGCCGGACAUCAGAAGUGGUUGUUGCGAGGAUGGCUGAGUACAUAGAGACUGAUCAAUGUGUUAGUGCAUGUGGGGUUGAUAGGAACUCUGUUGGAAUAUCAUCUGAUGCCUUGCUUGAGCCACAAUUCACUACCAAGCUUUGCUCUCCAUCUUGCUACCGGAACUGCCCCAACAUUGUCGAUCUUUACUUCAAUUUGGCCGCCGGAGAAGGAGUGUUUUUGCCAGAUCUAUGUGAUAAAGUGAAGACCAACCCUCACCGGGCCAUGAUCGAGCUCGUGAGUAAUGGUGCUGCCCCUGGUCCUAUUUCUAGUGAAUUAUCCUCUGAUUUCAGUGCCUCUGCCUCUGCCCCUGCCCCUGCCCCUGCUUCUUUCUAAUGAAGUUGAUUGAUCAACUGGUUCUUUGCUAUUCGAGUUGUUUGAUCAACUGAAGAAUCACUUUUUCUAUGAAACUAUUGUGAGACAAAGAAGAAAUAAAUAGGAAAAUUGAGAGAGAAGAGGGAGUUUGAUUUCAUUAUUUUCUAUGGGGUUUGUCGAUAAUUCAUCUUAUGUAAUUAAAUGAGAUUCUAUUGAACAUUAUUUUCGAUGGG